AUGGCGGACAUUGACAAGGAGAUCUUUCAUGACCGUCACUUUGAGGCCUUGGCCGCCUUGGAGAUGAAGCCCAAGGACUUCACGCAGCAGGUCGAGCUGCAUUUGCCGGGCUACACCGAAAAGAAGCGCCUUCUUGAUGGCCUCAAGGACUUUUUGACCAAAGUGACGGCCGUUGAGGAGAAGCUUUACAUGGUGAAAGCCGUGGGAAAGGUGAAGGGCAAGAUGGAAGAUGAGGAGCACAUGCUGAUCAACAAGUACAACAGUCUGGAUCUCCAGGAGAAGAUUGCCAGUUUGAAGGCCAAUUGUCAAGAGAUGAUCGAUCAGGGGCGGAUCACCAUAGAGGAGCGGCCGGGACUCCAGGAACAGUUUGCACAGAAGCGACAGGAGGCGAAGAAGGCGGAGAAGCCCAAAUUGGUGGAGAAAUAUGAAGAGAUGCUGGCAUGUGUGGGGAAGUCGGAAGGGAUUUCGCAUCCGGUGGCGAACCUCGAGGAGUUCUACCCACUUCACCAGGAAUUAAAGAGCAUCGAGAGACUGGAACGAGCGCCGGAGAAGAAUUUGAGUGACUACGACCGGGGCAGAAUCAAGAAGAAACCCGGCUUGCAAGACGAGCAUCGGCGCUUAGAACGAAAAAGCCUGAUGUGGUUUGAGACCUCGGAGGACUUCCAGCGGCGUCUGCAGAAAGCCCUCAUUGAGCUCGAAAAGCACAAGGCCGAGCAAGCGAAGAAGGAAGCAGAGGAAGCUGAAGAGCGAAGACGCCGGCAGGAAGAGGAGGCCCUUGAGAAGAAGCGCCAGGCGCACCGCGAAGCCGAAGAGCGGAAGGCACAGGAGCUUGAAGCGCGCCUCGAGAGCAAGCGCCAGGAGGCCGCGUUGAAGCCACAGAAGGCGCAGCCACAGGCGAAGAAGAAAGAGAAGGUCCAUCGAACCAAGCUGGAUCCUCAUGACUUCUUUCAGCCACCGCCCCGGGAAGAGGAGGAAGCCGUGGAGGGCGUGGCGGAGGCGGCGGAGGCAGAAGAAGAAGCCCCCAGCACGCCACCCACCAAUUCGACCGAUGCGGUGCCCACCACGCCCGAGACGAAGCCACCGGCACCGAAGCCCGCGGCAAAGCCGAAGGUGGCGCCCAAGGCGAAGGCGCCACUUCCGCCGUCCAAGUGGGGGAAGGUAGAGGGCGCGGCGGAGGAGUCGCCGGACGAGGCCGUUGGACCCUCCUUGCAGGAAGCUGCAGCGGUGGCCGCCACAGAGGCGCCAGCUGCAGCCAAACCUCAAGGCGUACCACCUCCCAAGAAGAAGGAGAAGAAGAAGUUCACCAAGAUGGCCGUGAGCGAUCUGGGAUUCGAUGCCAACAACCCGAACUACCGCUGA